AUGGCGUCGUCCACUCUCCUCGAUCCCGAUCUCAUCGAUCUGAAACUCGACUGGCAAGACGAGUUUGUCAGAGACUUCAAAGAUCCACCGACGGCGAUCAAGGAGUUCUUCAGAAGAGCCGAGGUCAUCAAGAAACGCCAUCAAGCUCUGCGCAAGCAAAGUCUUCCCAACCGACCUGAUCUCGACGAGACUCUCCGUGAACGCUUGGGCAUCAAGAAAUCCAACACCGAGGUCGACGACUUGAAGGAAGCCUACCAAUCUCUCAAGUACACGUUCAAACCCUCAGAGUACAAAGCCCUCCACUAUCCAGCCCGCCGCCACCCAGCUCAAGACACCUUCAGCUCGGUUGAAGAACGAGACCAAUUCCUCAGAAACAAAGAACACCUCGACGAUCUCCUCGCCAUCAAGGGAGAGGCUCCAACACUACCAGACGAGUUCAGCAACCCCUACGCCACCCGCAUCCCCAUCAUGUCGAUCCUCACUCUCCACCCCACCAAGGAGAACUGGGAAGCCAAAACCCGCGAAGUCCUCACUGCCUCCAUCAUCCACCGCAAAGGCCUAACCGCUCAAAUCAUGUACCUCAACUGCCUGCGCAACACCAAGAUGAACGAAGUCUUCGCCCGCGACAGCCUCCUGCGCAACACGACCUGCGAAGCGGCGCUCGCCCACAACCAACACGCCUGGGUCAACUUCAUCAACCACCUCCCCACCAUCACCACCGAAACCCUCAAGCGCGCCACGUGGUGCCAGCUACUCGAAGACGAAUACAACGGCAUGACGCGCGAGUGGCUGUUCUUCUGGAACUGGGUCGAGGAGUGCAAGGCGGCCAACAUCGAGUACCGCGAGAAGGAGAUCCGCUUCUGCGCCCUGCUCAAGGAACACUGUAAGAAGAAGGGGUUCCUGCAGGACAAGAUCGCCGAGAGCAACGACCUGGUCUUGCCGGCUUUGUACCACUGGUGGGCCGAGUUGGAGUGGCUCGAGCUCGACUGCAAGACCAUCUCGGUCGAGGAGGAUGGAGAGACGGUCGCCCGCCCCGUCUUCUUCACCAGGGGCAAUGCCCAGUUCGCUGAGCAUUGCCGCGUCGUCCAGACGUUGGAGUGGGAAGACAAGUAG